ACAGUGUGACAUGCAGGCUUUCAAGAAUAAAGUUCCUGUGGUGAAUUAUGGAGAUAUCAAAGUUUAUAUCGAGCGAAUCGCCAAUGGGGAUUCCUCCAACAUCAUUUCUGAUGAACCAAUUAUUGAGUUGCUCACAAGCUCCGGUACUUCGGGCGGGCGGCCGAAGAUGAUGCCUUCAACUGCUGAAGACUUGCACAGGAAGACAUUCUUUUAUAAUCUGCUUGUGCCCGUGAUGAACAAGUGAAAUUCUUAUUUCUGUUUCUUUUUGACAUAUUAUGUUCUUUAUUGUCGUUUCUCUCAUGAAAA